GCAAGCCCGCCGGGCAGGGAUUCUGCCGCUGCUGCCGGAGCGGAGCCGAGGGGAGCCGGCCGGGAGCGGGGCCGGGCAGCAGAUUUUGCCUUCCCCUUGUGCUGGCUUCCCUCCCUGUGAUGGCUACUGGUGAAGAGAUCUCCCCUGCCCUGCAGGACUCAUGGGGGGACUUCUGGCUCUUCCGUUUCUUUGUUAAUGCUGCUGGCUACGCAAGUAUUGUGGUGCCAGGGUUCCUCCUCAUCCAGUACUUCAAGAGAAGGAAUUACCUGGAGACAGGCCGCGGCAUUUGUUUCCCUGUCAUCAAAUCCUGCGUGUUUGGCUCUGAGGUGAAGUCUGUACACCAGGAGGAUGGCUCCCUGCCACCCCGGGCAGAGCCCACAGAGUCCUCUACAACCCGACAGGUCUUCAAGCUGCUCUUCUGUGCUGCUGGUCUACAGGCCUCCUACCUCACGUGGGGCGUGCUCCAGGAGCGUGUGAUGACAAGAACAUACGGUGCCACUGAAACGGACCCUGGUGAGAAGUUCACGGACUCUCAGUUCCUAGUGUUCAUGAACCGCAUCCUGGCCUUCACGGUGGCUGGUCUGUACUGUGCUCUGACCAAGCAGCCACGUCAUGGGGCUCCUAUGUACAAAUACUCCUUUGCUUCCCUCUCCAACAUCCUCAGCAGCUGGUGCCAGUAUGAGGCACUCAAAUACAUCAGCUUUCCCACCCAAGUGCUGGCCAAAGCCUCCAAAGUGAUCCCAGUGAUGAUGAUGGGCAAACUGGUGUCACGUAAGAGUUACGAGUACUGGGAGUACCUCACUGCUGCCCUCAUCUCCGUGGGGGUCAGCAUGUUCCUGCUCUCCAGCGCUCCUAACAGGCACGCCUCCACCGUCACCACUUUCUCAGGCGUAGUUCUCCUGGCUGGCUACAUAAUCUUUGACAGCUUCACAUCCAACUGGCAGGAUGCCCUCUUCACCUACAAGAUGUCUCCUGUGCAGAUGAUGUUUGGUGUCAACGUGUUCUCCUGCCUCUUCACCGUGGGCUCGCUCCUGGAGCAGGGUGCCUUGCUGGAGUCGAUACACUUCAUGGCCCGCCACUCAGAGUUCACGGCCCACGCCGUGCUGCUCUCGGUGUGCUCUGCCUGCGGCCAGCUCUUCAUCUUCUACACCAUCAACCAGUUUGGGGCAGCUGUCUUCACCAUCAUCAUGACACUCCGCCAGGCCUUUGCCAUCCUCCUCUCCUGCCUCAUCUACGGGCAUGCUGUCACUGUUGUGGGCGGGCUGGGCGUAGCUGUUGUCUUCGUGGCCCUCUUCCUCCGUGUCUAUGCCCGCAGCCGCAUGAAGAAGCGCAGUAAGAAGCUUCCGCCAGGCGAGACCCCUGUACAGAAGGUCUAAGGAACUGGUGCCGUGGCAUCUAAGCCGUGCCUGCAGUCCUGCCUUCACUUGGGGUUCUUGCUUGAUUUCUCAGAACCCACUGAGGAGCAGGGUGGGGUAUGGAUAGGCUGUACCAGUGACUCACUUUUCCACCUGCUUUUCCUGGGAAAGGGGCUGGAACAAGCCCAGGGAAUGCUCUGGGCUGCCACAGUUCCAGACCUUUCUGUUUGCCUUAAUAGGUUAAAGACUUCCAGCUGAGGCGUGGGCCUGAGGGCUCGCAUCCUGGAGGAAAACCAGCACGGGGCUGCUGGUAUUCCUACCCCACCUCUGUCUCCUAGCUUCUCUCCAAAGUCACUGAGGAACAAGGGGGUCUUUUCCCUGGCACCGCCUCGCCUCUGGCUAACGCCUCUCCAUUUCUGUCAUUACGACAGAACUCAGCCGGAGAAAAGGGCAAGCAAAACACUAGCUUACUUUUUGAUAGACCUCCAUGUGUGGCAAGUCCCAAGCUGAGCCUUUCCCAAGGCUCUCAGCACCCCUCCCAGGAGGUGCUCAAGGUAGGGCAGGUGCAGCUAAGGGGAGGUCUUCCAGCCUGUCCUGCCUCAGGUCUGGAUGUGCUCUGGGAGGGCAUGCUGCAGUGAAAGCCAGUACUUCCCCAUUUGUUUUUUUCAGUUCUUGCCCUGGCUCCCAAGACACUUCCCUGCCCUGAGCCCAGGCUGAUUUUUAUGCAGAAGCCGAGGCUGGCCGGUGCGGCCCCCAAGGCUUGAUGAGUUUUAAGUUGCUUUUUGGUUACAUCUGCUGCUGUUACAGGCCAAAGGCUGUGCUGCCCAGAAGCCCCAGCAUCGCCUUGGGGUGUCUCAGUGCCAUGGUUUGAGCUUUGCAGCUGCCAUUCAGAGAAGCACAAUAGCCCCUCUUCUUCCUGCCCACUGGAGGCAUCAGCCCUAGCUUUCCUGGGGCUUGGCCAGAGCCCCACUGUGCCUGGAGGGCUGAGAAAUGGGGCAGUCUCCUUGCAGUGCCUUGUUCCUGCUCCCCAGGCAGCAGGGGAUGGAGCAAGUGGGCACCUGCUCCCCAGAGCAGCGGAGGACAGAGCAGUGGAAGCUGCUCCUCUCCAGGAGCCUGGGUUUUACUGGUUAACCUUUUUCUUUUCAACACAACCUGACUGGCAAGACAGCAGGUUUUGGUACUUUUGAAAGGCAACUUUUUUUCUUAUUUUAUUUUAUUAAAUUAAAAAUG